AUGCCUCGACAGUUGCGAUCGGCCCGUAAGGAGACCUCAGCAUCUGAGCUGGAUAGGCCUCGUCCCCAGAAUGGAAUCUAUGAGCCGGUCCGUUUCGUCGCGUCCGCGUCGACCCCUCCCGAGCAAGCCAUCGUCAGGUCACAUCUGCCAGGGCUGGACGAGGGCGAUCUUCGGAUUUUGCGCAAAAAGCAGAAUCGACUGCGGAAAUCGGCUUUUCUGACCGCAAGAGCUACCUUGGAAAUUAGCCGCCAAGCAUCACGAGCACUGGCAUCCACGCUGAUCUUUGCUCAGCACGAAGCUGGCACCGCCGUAUGUAUCGAGUCGCGCGGCUGGAUUCUGACUUGUGCGCACUGUUUUGGCGAGACCUCUGAAGAAUGGAAUUCAGAGCGUCUAAAGUGGCUACUCUAUUACAAUGGACUCGCGGUUCAGGUCGAAUGUCGGGCGUGGGAUGAACGCCGUGAUCUGGCUCUGGCUAAAAUUGUUCAAAUCGAGAUCCUAGAUGAGCUAUGCAGAGGCCCGGUAGCCCCUAUUUUCUCCUAUGUUCCUAUCGCUAAAUCAAUGUCUUUCUCCUCUCCAAUAUUUUGUAUCGGGCAACCGGGCGCAGACGAUCUUGAGUCAGUCUCUCUGCGCAAGACUGCUUAUGAUUUAUUUGAACUCUCUGAGGGUCGAAUAUGUGGCAUGUUAGCUGGUGCAGAUCCGCAGGAUAACUCAGAGAUUGGUACUCUCAAACACACCGCCUGGACUUACUGGGGCCAUUCUGGCGCACCGCUUCUACGAAGGUCGGACGGUGCCUUGCUGGGUCUACAUUCCUCAUGGGACGAUACCACGACGAUGCGUCAUGGAGUGCCUCUGGCUGCUAUCCGGUCAUUUAUUACAGAAAACCUCCCGAUCGACUCGGUAGAUUCCACAGUGUCCGAGGCUAGCGAGGAUCUACAGGAUAUCAUUGUGAUUGAUGGGGUAGAUUGA